UUUCAAGCACGCAACCUGCAACAUCCGGGUAUUUUCUGAGUCCAGUGUUUGGUUUAGCUAGUUUGCAGGCUGUGUCAAAUUCAAGUGAAUAGGCUGGGGCUUGACACUAAUUUGGCCAUAACAGCUCCGGCCUAAAACUUCAAAGGAGGGACAUUUUAAUGAUACUUACCGUCGCCAAAUGAUAAAGUAAUGCAUCCCUGGUUUAGUCAGAACAGGGAGUUCCGCACUUUCACAAAUUGAUGCACUGUAAGGUGAUUGCUAACUAGCUAACGUUACCCGCAAGCUCCCUCCAUCUCGUCGGUGUUUCGGUCACAGCACAUCUGCUCUGUUGCUGUUUUUACAACUUCAAAACAGGUCUUGCGGAUUUUGGUUUUAAGAGCUACAAUGGGGGCGUUUUUGGACAAGCCAAAGAUGGAGAAGCACAAUGCUCAUGGUGAGGGGAACAGUCUGACCUAUGGCCUGAGCAGCAUGCAGGGCUGGAGGGUGGAGAUGGAGGAUGCGCACACGGCAGUCAUUGGCAUGCCUCAUGGGCUCGACCCUUGGUCCUUCUUUGCUGUCUAUGAUGGGCAUGCUGGCUCCCAGGUGGCCAAAUACUGCUGUGAGCACCUGCUGGAGCACAUCACCAGCAACCCAGACUUCCAGAGUGGUCUGGAGCCCAACGUAGAGAGUGUGAAGACCGGCAUCCGCACAGGUUUCCUGCAGAUUGACGAGCACAUGCGGAACAUCUCAGAGAAGAAGCACGGUGUGGACCGCAGUGGCUCAACUGCGGUGGGGGUCAUGAUUUCCCCAGGCCACAUCUACUUCAUCAACUGUGGAGACUCCCGGGGUCUUCUGAGCCGUGGAGGAGCUGUGCACUUCUUCACACAGGACCACAAGCCCAGCAACCCACUGGAGAAGGAGAGGAUUCAAAACGCCGGAGGCUCUGUCAUGAUCCAGAGAGUGAACGGCUCUCUGGCCGUGUCCCGGGCCCUGGGAGACUUCGACUACAAGUGUGUGCAUGGCAAGGGCCCCACGGAGCAGCUGGUUUCACCAGAGCCUGAGGUGUAUGCCAUUGAAAGGUCUGAGGUGGAAGAUGAGUUUAUUGUCCUAGCCUGCGAUGGCAUCUGGGAUGUCAUGGCCAAUGAGGAACUGUGUGACUUUGUCAGGUCCAGGCUAGAGGUGACCGAUGACCUUGAGAGAGUCUGCAAUGAAAUUGUUGACACUUGCUUGUACAAGGGGAGUCGGGACAAUAUGAGCGUUGUGCUGAUCUGCCUCCCAGGGGCUCCAAAGGUGACUGCAGAUGCCGUGAAAAGGGAAGCAGAGCUGGAUAAGUUCCUGGAGAGCAGAGUAGAAGAGAUCAUAAAGAAGCAGGGAAACGAAGGGGUUCCAGACUUGGUCCACGUGAUGCGGACGUUGGCAUCAGAGAGCAUCCCUAACCUCCCUCCUGGAGGUGAACUGGCCAGCAAGCGAAACGUUGUUGAAGCAGUGUACAACAAACUCAACCCAUACCGAAGUGAUGACACAGACUCAGCGUCCACAGACGACAUGUGGUAACACAACCCCUACCACUAACACAGCACAGAGUUUACAACCCGCUACCCUCUCAAGACCCACAGCAGCUCCGUUCAGCAGUCUGUCUCCCCACCACUCUGAGCGUUACAUUUUUAAGAAGGGAAUAUGAUGGGAGGACGAGGAGAUGCAAACAGACCUCUACACCCCGGAUUGUGCAGCACCAGUCCGCUCUGAAGUUCAGGAUUCCCUCCAUUUUGUCUCACCUUUUAUUCCCCCCCUAACAUUACCCAUAACUAGCGAGUCCAGCAGGUUCUUAAAAAAAAAAACAGCUGAAACAAUUCAUUUUUUUGCUGUAAUUAGUUUGAUUCACAUUUCCUUGUGUGUUUUGUAUAUUUCUGUUUUUGUGAAGUGCAAUUGUCGUGUACAAACAGCCUGUAUUUAAUGCAGCUUGAGUUCAAGUAAAACAAUGAAAGAAGUGAGAAAGAGAACCUUUUAUGCACUAUCUGCCUUUUUCCUGCUCUUCUGGAGUUCCAACAAAUGUCUAUUCAGUGAAUAUUACUGUUUGUCCUCCAGGUGAUAUUAUCCUCCUGCUCUUGUUCUUUUUUAGUUUAAGUCUUUGCUCAUUAAAGAAACGGGUAAAUUGUAUAGGUUCACAGCACAGUAAGCUCUCUAAAACUAACCAUAUAAAUCCUAAUAUUUACAUGUUCAAUUUUAAUUAUUUUUCAUAUACUUUUUUCUUUAUACGCUGUAGUAACUAUGGUAAAGUGUUACACAGUCCUUCAUUGUGUUCCUGUCUUUUGGAGAGAAAGGAUAUUGUUGCUCUCCUGUAAACACAACAAAGCAGUUCCAAGAUGCAAGUGAAGAUUAUCCCACCUGACACCUUUUAACACUUGCUGUGUUGGAUUCCGUGUAUGUGUGUGUGCGUGCGUAUACUGGCAAGCGUGGCUGGGUGCUUGUGUGUAUGUGUAGAGGUAGUUCUCUAUCUGCAGCGCUGUAGCUACCAGCUAAUGUUUGCUAUGGUGGUGCUGAUGUCAGAACCACAUGGGCUGGAGAUUUAGGCGCCAUUACUCCUACAUACCUCUUCUGCACCUCAUCAGUCUUUCAUAUCAGCACAAUACAAUCUCUCACUACCCCUCACUCAGAUAACACUUUAUUUGACAGUGGAAGGAUUAAGUUGACAAAUUGCUAUUUGAACUUCAAAAUGACAUCUGCCACAACCACUUUGUAAUUGUCAGUGAAGUCCGUGACACAGUUAACCUGUCUAAUGACAUAGUGAUAA